CCCCCCCCCCAAGCGCCGCUCCGGCUGCAUCGCGCUCCUACCGAGCUCCGGGCCCCCGCAGCGCUAGCGCCGCCGCCGCCGCCUCCCUCCUUCCGCCGCCAUGAUCAUCUACCGGGACCUCAUCAGCCAUGAUGAGAUGUUCUCCGACAUUUACAAGAUCCGGGAGAUCGCAAACGGGGUGUGCCUGGAAGUGGAGGGGAAGAUGGUCAGUAGGACAGAGGGUACCAUUGAUGAUUCACUCAUUGGUGGAAAUGCCUUUGCCGAAGGUCCUGAGGGUGAAGGAACAGAUGCCACUGUAAUCACUGGAGCUGACAUAGUAAUAAACCAUCAUCUGCAAGAAACUAGUUUCACAAAAGAAUCCUACAAAAAGUACAUCAAAGACUACAUGAAAUCAAUCAAAGGCAGACUUGAAGAGCACAAGCCAGAUAGAGUAAAACCUUUUAUGACCGGAGCUGCAGAACAAAUCAAACACAUCCUUGCCAAUUUUAAAAACUAUCAGUUCUUCAUAGGCGAAAACAUGAAUCCAAAUGGCAUGGUGGCUGCCUUGGACUUCCGUGAGGAUGGUAUGACCCCAUAUAUGAUUUUCUUUAAGGAUGGUUUAGAGAUGGAGAAAUGUUAACAAAUUCAGCUGAUU